UCCUGAUCUCGCCCUGUUCGCCCAAUGGUCUUGAUCUCGCCUGCGAACCCGGUUGCGGCUCCGUCGACAAGUUCAAACGACAUUGGCUCUGACGAUCCGUCGAAGACGAUCCAUUCAAGCCCGAUCCGCUCGGCCAUCAACGCACGCCUCAGCAUUCCAACAGUCGCUCUCCACACCACAAUCCAUCCGCUGCUGAUUCCAUGAGCCGACCAGCCAGCCUCCGGGCCCUCGCCCUCCUGCGCCCAUACUAUGCAUCUCUGCUGUCCAAGCCAGCUGUCGCAUCGGCCUCUGUUCUCCCGCGGCUCCCAUCGGUCAUCCGUGGGCACGCCAGCCCCGUUUCUCCGUGUCCUUCGAGCUGGGCGCAGUCCAGUCCGAGUCUGCGCUAUCACUACUACUCGUCAUCGUCCUCGUCCUCGUCCUCGUCGCCGUCGUCUCCGGCAAGCGAUUCCACCUCCCAGCCGGUUGGGCAAGUCAAGGCCAAAAUGUUGAUCGGGUUCACUUGCAAAGUGUGCCAGACCCGCUCGCACAAGUUCAUGUCCAAGGCAUCCUACGAAAAGGGCGUCGUCAUCAUUCGCUGUGAUGGGUGCAAGAACCUGCAUCUGAUCGCCGACCACCUCGGCUGGUUCGACUCCCAGUCGCCUCCAGGUACCAUCGAGAACAUCAUGAAGGCCAAGGGCGAGACCGUCGUGCGCUUGCACACCAAUCUGGAGGGCCAGCUCGAGGCCGCUAAAGAACACGGUGCCAACGUCGAUGACUUUGUCAUGCCCGCUGCCGACAACUCGAUUGCUGACCUGCAGACCCUGGCCGACCAGGAGGAUGGCAUGCUGGAGUGGCUACCGAAGGCUGUUGCUGAAGCCGAUGAGUUCAUUGCUGCUGCAAAGAAAAACAACGAGCUCUGAGGCGACAGACACAUCCGGUGCGACUCGCGAUCAUGCUCACAGUCUGGACACACUCGACCAUGCCUCUCUCCCUCACCCGGAUUCUGAGAUUAGACUGCUUUCUGACUCUUGAAUACAAGCACCGUUUCAUCACCGUUGUUGGCACCGACUACCCAUGGCUGGCUUCUGGACCGGGCAAGUCCUGAAUGCACGAAACCAAUCUCUCCGACGAUUGACGAUCGUAUCGUGGCCAGCUUCGCGCCCGUUGGGACAUUGCCGUUUCGACCGGAACGCACCCGCAGCAAGUACUCGGCAUAGUAGCGGGUGGA